CCCACGGGGUGGAGUCUGAGCUGUUCUUUGAGUUUCUCACCCUAAGGUCUGACAUAAAUUUGCAAGGAAUUCUCUGGAGAGGUUCCUUGAGAGGUUCUGGGAGCUGUGGACCCCAACGGAAUCCUAGCAGAGAACCAUUUGUAAUGGAGCCUUCACCUCUCGAGCUGCCAGCUGACACCGUGCAACGCAUCGCGGCUGAACUCCAAUGUCACCCAACAGAUGAGAGGGUUGCUCUCCAAUUAGACAAGGAAGAUAAGCUGAGGCACUUCAGAGAGUAUUUUUAUAUUCCCAAAAUGAAAGAUCUGCCUCCAAUUGAUUUAUCGUUAGUGAAUAAGGAUGAAAAUGCCAUUUAUUUCUUGGGAAAUUCUCUUGGCCUUCAACCGAAAAUGGUUAAAACUUAUAUUGAAGAAGAACUUGAUAAGUGGGCCAAAAUGGGAGGCUACGGUCAUGACGUAGGGAAGCGUCCUUGGAUUGUAGGAGAUGAGAUUAUUGUAGGCCUUAUGAAGGACAUUGUAGGAGCCAAUGAGAAAGAAAUUGCCUUAAUGAAUGCUUUGACUGUUAAUUUACAUCUUCUACUGUUAUCAUUCUUUAAGCCUACGCCAAAACGGUAUAAAAUUCUUCUAGAAGCCAAAGCCUUCCCUUCUGAUCAUUAUGCUAUUGAAUCACAGCUACAACUUCAUGGACUUAACAUUGAGGAAAGUAUGCGGAUUAUAAAGCCAAGAGAGGGGGAAGAAAUCCUAAGAAUAGAGGAUAUCCUUGAAGUAAUUGAGAAGGAAGGAGACUCAAUUGCAGUGAUCCUGUUCAGUGGGCUGCAUUUUUAUACUGGGCAGUUGUUUAAUAUGCCUGCCAUCACCAAAGCUGGACAAGCAAAGGGUUGUUUUGUUGGCUUUGAUCUAGCUCAUGCAGUUGGAAAUGUUGAACUCCACUUACACGACUGGGGAGUUGAUUUUGCCUGCUGGUGUUCCUACAAGUAUCUAAAUUCAGGAGCAGGAGGUAUUGCUGGUGCCUUUGUCCAUGAAAAGCACACCCAUAAAAUUAAACCUGCAGCAUCUGAUGGAUCAUAUCAACCCAAAGUGGAAGCCGGUGGCAGCAAGGUGGGCAGAGUAAUCUACGCAAAUUCUAGAGAAUGCCAGUGUUAGGGGUUCAGCUCUGACCUUACACAUAGGGCUGUUGCAGCUGAGACUUCUCUCACCGUGGACAAGGAACAGGAGAGGGCGAAGGGGUUGGAGUGUGCUCACGUGUACCCCUUUUGUGGAAUCUCAAAGUCUUCUAGACAACAUUUGAAUACAUGUUAAGUUUAUGCUCCCAGGAGAAAGAUCAUCCAGCUCAGACUCUUGGUGGUCUGUAGCCUGAAGAAUAUUCCUCGAACCUUCAGUGUUCUGGUCUCUGAAUGGAGAUAAUAGUCUCUACCUCAUAACCAAGUAUUGUGAAAAUAAAAUAAGAUGAUGCAUUUAAAGCACUAACCAUAGCCACUUAAGUACUAUGUGUGAUUGGUCCAUAUGGGGCUAUAUGAAAAGCUAUAUAUCCAAAAUUGGAGAAAUAAGGGAAAAAGAUGGGGGACAACUUUUUAAAAUGUCAUUGGGGCAUCUUUAACAGCCUUGCCCAAGUAUUGUUUGGUAAUUAUUUAGUAUUUACACCUAAAAGCUUUGUUGAUUCACUGUGAAUUUGCAUGUCAACAUGUAGACUUUCGCCCAGUGGAAAUCAUAUUUCUCGAGCAGGAAAGAUUACCCCAAAUGUUAUGGUUGUGACCUUGUAGGACAUUAAUUUGGGUCUGUUACCAGGUUUAUUUCCGCAGGCCUUUGCAGGCUUGACUGUAUAAAUUUCCAUUCCCUAAAUUCUUUUGUACCAGUCUUACUACCAUCUUACUGAUUCUCCCUUAUUAAUGAAUUGAAUGAAAUCUUUCACGUGUAUUCAUUUUGCAUGCGUAUGAGGGCCAUGCUUUUAAAUUUUUCAGAAACUUACAUGCUAUUAGCUAUUGUUGCAUUUUAACUAUCUAGCUUUGGAAACUGACAGGACUCAGAAUCAGGCUUGACUUGUGAAGACCCUGUUACAAGAAACCCUAGUGGUGGUUGUUUUUCUGUGUGUUGUUUUCUCACACUCUUAAAACUUUUUAUAUGAUGUCAGUGUGACUAAUUUCAGUGCUGCCAACUUCUAGCCUUAGCUCCCUCUUCUGUACUAGGUAUCAUGUAUUUAAUGCGUGUCAGGGAUGAAGCUAUUUAAUUAGGAAUGGGAUGCAGUAGAUUUGUACAAGACAGGGACAAGCUAUUUUCAGAUAAUCUGUUCAUUGUCCCUGAUAGGAAAAGAAAUGCUUUGCUACAAUUUAAUUUUAUGGCCCAUAGUGUAUUUUACUUCUUUAUGCAUCUGCAAAUCAGACACCACCUGCGGGAAGAGUAGUAGAGCAAGCAAUGAAAAAGACAUGAAAGCCCAAAAUACCACACUGUUUAAAUAAGGCUAAUUGUGUAGAUGUUACAAUGAUGUUCAAUGAAUAAAAGUAUUUUGAAGA